UCCCCAUCACGACCAAGAUGGCGUCGUUGCUCCUCGGUGUUAUUGUGUUAGCUUCCCACAGCACACGUACCAGCAUGAACACGUUAUUAAUUCCUCAUGUCAGGAUAAAUACUCCUCAUUGAAGCUUCUCGGGCUAGCUUAGCUUGCUAGCUGCUAACAGAGAGAUAGCAACACACGCCAAGUGUCGGGAUCGUGUGAAAAUGUGUCAAGUCCAAAUGCUGAGAGCGUUGGUGAAUCAGCGACUAACUGCGGCUGUUGAAGAAAUAUUUGUAGUGUUGGAAAGAACCAUAGCAGAGUACGAGGAGGAACUUUCUCGAACAAAAGAGGAGAACGAGCGACAACGUCAACUACUGGACGCCGUUUUCAGGAAGCAGGAAGUUGUGUUGCACAGAGCAGCACGUGUCAGUGAAGAAGGUCUUCCCGAGCAGCAGGAGGAGCCCCGGCCCCCCCACAUUAAAGAGGAGGAGGAGGAGCACAGCAUCAGCCAGGAGGGAGAGCAUCCGGAAGGACCGGAGGAGUUCCCAGUGAUCGGUGUCAUUGUGAAGAGUGAAGAUGAUGAAGACGACGGUGAAGGUGAGGAGAAGAGAGAGGCGGAGCCUCCAACAGAAGCUGAUGGAGACCACUGUGGAGGAUCACCAGCAGACAAGCUCUUAGCUCCACUAUCAGAUAGUGAGCACACGACGUCACACUCUCCUGACACUGAUGAUGAUGAUGAUGAAGACUCUACAGCUGAUAUGACAUGUCACCCUGACAACACACGCUUGAAAUGCCACCACUGUGACAAGACCUUCGGCAAGAAGAGAAAUCUGAAGCGACAUAUGAGAUGUCACACCGCAGAGAAACCAUUCAUGUGCUCGGAUUGUGGGAAAACGUUCUCUAUAAAGGGACAUUUGAUAAGGCACACAAGAACGCAUACUGGAGAGAAACCGUUUGCUUGUUCAAUUUGUCGCCAAACAUUCUCUCGCAAGGCAUCUUUGAUCAUACACACUAGAACCCACACCGGGGAGAAACCAUUUGCCUGCUCGGUGUGCGGGAAAAGGUUCACGCAUCGCUCGACUUGGAUCAGACACACACGGACGCACACGGGAGAAAAACCAUACGCCUGCUCAGUCUGUGAUAAAAGAUUCUCUCAGAAUGAAUAUUUGAUAGCGCACAGAAGGACACACACGGGAGAGAAACCCUUUCCUUGCACCAUCUGCCAUACAUAUUUCCGGGAUCGUUCAGCUUUGAGUAAUCACAUGAGAAGACACACCAAUGAGAAGCCCUUCUUCUGCACCGCGUGUGACACAAGAUUUCGGGAUCGCUCCUCGCUGAGGAAGCACAUAAAGACCCACAGCGGCAACAGCGCGUCCUAAUGCAGCCCUUCCUCCUUCUACCACCAACAUCUUGCCGGAAUAAAUCGCUGACCAUCAGAUCCUAGAUCGAGGAAGGACUUCAUGGCGGCUCCCAACGAUGAGGCGGGUGUCUUUUUUUGGGUUUGUCAAAGAAAAGGAAAGUGAAAAGUGAAGUGUAUGUCAGCAUUGGCCGUGCCGUGAAAGACGUGGUAUCAUGAAGGAUUGACGUGGUAUCAUGAAGGAUAGACGUGGUAUCAUGAAGGAUAGAUGUGGUAUCAUGAAGGCUUGAUGUGGUAUCAUGAAGAAUUGACGUGGUAUCAUGAAGGCUUGACGUGGUAUCAUGAAGGAUGGACGUGGUAUCAUGAAGGAUGUGGUAUCAUGAAGGGUUGACGUGGUAUCCUGUAGGACCGACGUGGUAUCAUGAAGGAUUGACGUGGUAUCAUGAAGGGUUGACGUGGUAUCAUGAAGGCUUGCCGUGGUAUCAUGAAGGAUAGACGUGGUAUCAUGACGGAUAGACGUGGUAUCAUGACGGAUAGACGUGGUAUCAUGACGGAUAGACGUGGUAUCAUGAAGGCUUGACGUGGUAUCAUGAAGGCUUGCCGUGGUAUCAUGAAGGCUUGCCGUGGUAUCAUGAAGGAUAGAUGUGGUAUCAUGACGGAUAGACGUGGUAUCAUGAAGGCUUGACGUGGUAUCAUGAAGGCUUGCCGUGGUAUCAUGAAGGCUUGACGUGGUAUCAUGAAGGAUAGACGUGGUAUCAUGACGGAUAGACGUGGUAUCAUGAAGGCUUGAUGUGGUAUCAUGAAGGAUUGACGUGGUAUCAUGAAGGAUGUGGUAUCAUGAAGGAUAGAUGUGGUAUCAUGAAGGACUGACGUGGUAUCAUGAAGGAUUGACGUGGUAUCAUGAAGGACUGACGUGGUAUCAUGAAGGAUUGACGUGGUAUCAUGAAGGAUUGACGUGGUAUCAUGAAGGAUGUGGUAUCAUGAAGGAUUGACGUAGUAUCAUGAAGGACUGACGUGGUAUCAUGAAGGAUUGACGUGGUAUCAUGAAGGACUGACGUGGUAUCAUGAAGGAUGUGGUAUCAUGAAGGACUGACGUGGUAUCAUGAAGGACUGACGUGGUAUCAUGAAGGACUGACGUGGUAUCAUGAAGGAUGUGGUAUCAUGAAGGACUGACGUGGUAUCAUGAAGGACUGACGUGGUAUCAUGAAGGAUGUGGUAUCAUGAAGGAUAGAUGUGGUAUCAUGAAGGACUGACGUGGUAUCAUGAAGGGUUGACGUGGUAUCAUGAAGGACUGACGUGGUAUCAUGAAGGACUGACGUGGUAUCAUGAAGGAUGUGGUAUCAUGAAGGAUGUGGUAUCAUGAAGGACUGACGUGGUAUCAUGAAGGACUGACGUGGUAUCAUGAAGGACUGACGUGGUAUCAUGAAGGGUUGACGUGGUAUCAUGAAGGAUGUGGUAUCAUGAAGGAUGUGGUAUCAUGAAGGACUGACGUGGUAUCAUGAAGGACUGACGUGGUAUCAUGAAGGAUGUGGUAUCAUGAAGGAUAGAUGUGGUAUCAUGAAGGACUGACGUGGUAUCAUGAAGGAUAGAUGUGGUAUCAUGAAGGGUUGACGUGAGGGUUGACGUGGUAUCAUGAAGGGUUGACGUGGUAUCAUGAAGGGUUGACGUGGUAUCAUGAAGGGUUGACGUGGUAUCAUGAAGGCUUGCCGUGGUAUGAAGGACUGACGUGGUAUCAUGAAGGAUGUGGUAUCAUGAAGGAUGUGGUAUCAUGAAGGACUGACGUGGUAUCAUGAAGGACUGACGUGGUAUCCUGGUGCACGUGAAAGGAUCUGAUCCUAUGACAGACGGUGGCAACUUUGAAAUAUGAUAAAUCAAAAAAAUAUAACUAUAAUAUUUAUAAUUGGUCCGUCAGUUUCACGUGGAUGAUGUUAAAUGUUCGCCAAUCGUGGCUUUGACAAUGCAAGCGAAACGUCGUACUGCGGAAAUGCGCAUGCGUCGGCCGCCAUUUUAGACUACGAUUUUAAGGUUGCAAGGAAAGGCUUGAGAGAGAAAAAAGACUGACCGCCUUUCUUGUCUCUUCUGUACAUACACGUGUUACAUGUUACAUACAUGGGUUACAUGUUACAUACAUGGGUUACAUGUUACAUGCAUGUGUUACAUGUUACAUACAUGUGUUACAUGUUACAUACAUGUGUUACAUGUUACAUACACGUGUUACAUGUUACAUACACGUGUUACAUGUUACAUACACGUGUUACAUACAUGUGUUACACGUUACAUACAUGUGUUACACGCUACAUACAUGUGUUACAUGUUACAUACAUGUGUUACAUGUUACAUACACGUGUUACAUGUUACAUACACGUGUUACAUGUUACAUACAUGUGUUACAUGCUACAUACACGUGUUACAUGUUACAUACACGUGUUACAUGUUACAUACAUGUGUUACACGCUACAUACAUGUGUUACAUGUUACAUACAUGUGUUACAUGUUACAUACAUGUGUUACAUGUUACAUACAUGUUACAUACAUCCUCAAUUACUGUCCUUUUGAAGCAUCAUAGGCUAGCUUAGCCUGCUAGCUGCUAACAAAGACGCCAAAGUCAGCAACACGUACUGCGCACGCUUGGGUCGCCAUUUCAGACAAGGCGACUCUCCGCCCGUGCUUAUUGGUUGCUGGCGCAGACGUGGAAGUGGUCACCAUGGCGACGCAGAGAUGGGGGUGAUUGUGUGAAAUGUGUCAAGGUUGGAGAAUCACUAACGCGGCUGUUAAUUUAAAGGAGUUGCAUCAAAAUGGCUGCAACCAGGAGGCGCCUUUGAUUGCAUCCAAAGAGACCCUCUCUAACACAACCACUCCUCCAUCGUUGGUCUUCUGGUGUUCUGCAGACAUCAGUGAAGAUCUUCCCCCUGAGGCACGGAUGGAGCUCCAGGUGAAGCAGGGGGAGACACAGCCCCCCACAUUAAAGAGGAACAGGAGGAGACAGAGCAAGAGCACUUUGAAGGACUUGAUGAAGAAGACGCUGAUGGAGACCACUGUGGAGGACCCCAAGCAGACAAGCUCUUGGCUCCACCAUCAGAGGGCCAAAUGUCCAACUCUCCUGCCACCGAUGAUGAAACCUCUAAAGCUGACGUGGUGUCCAACGUUGGGAAUGCUCCCCCAACAAAACCUUGAAUUCCUGUUGUUGUCCCAAAACACCUCGGAGGGCGCACAGAAGAGAAACCGUUCAUGUGCUCAGUUUGCAGAUGCAAAAGAUGUUCUCAUGCGCCACAUUGGCAAAACACACACUGGGGAAAAACCUUUUCAUCUUCACCUUUCACCCACACAGCUUCUUCAGUUUGGGGUGGGGCUUCCUGUUUAGGUCUCUGGUGGCUGUGGUGAGUGGACUUGGGACGAUCCUGUCUCUGGGGCGUCCCAAGUACAUUUCAUCAGAAAACCGAAGGAAAAACCAGCAAGACUUUGACAAGAAUGAAGUCCAAAUACGAAGAGAAAAAGUACAUUUGCCUUUUUAUUGAACUUUUUGUUAUAUAAGUCAAAAAAGAGUCCAAACCUGUGGACUGUGUGGAAAAUGUGACGUCAUUGUGGUUUAUCACACCAGAGUGCCACACCUGUCAAUCAAUAAAUCCCUUAAAGAGGACCUGCCGGACAAUGUGGCCCAGACCAAGAUACUCCAUGGCUGGACAGCAUGCUGGCGUCUGAACACAUUCGAGAACAAAUGAGAAAGAAAGUCGUUGAGGCGUAGUUGAGUGUGGAAAUGGUUAUAAAGCUGUGGGACUCCAGCCAACCACAGUGAGAGCCGUUAUCCGGACAUGGUGAAAACGUGGAACAGUGGUCAACUUUCCCAGGAGACUCAUUGCAAGUUAUCACUAACACUUGAUUGCAAUUGUUGCAUUUUUCACUGUGUGGUGGUAAAACAGGCCGUUAUUAAUGGAAUGAGACAGUUUGGGGCGGGGUGGUUAUCAGGACACAAGAUAUGACAUAAAUAUAUAACAUAUUUAUAUUCUAUAUAUACUAGAUGAUGCAAUAUAAAACAAUAUCAAAAUGCGUCCAUUUCCUUUGCUUGAAAGCAGAAUUACAAUUGAAUCAACAACUGCUUGUAUUCAUCAUUUUUUCAUGGAUUCUGUGAUUGUUUUUCAUGCCGAGGACCUCAAAUGUCCUCCAACUGCGAAAUGACGUAACUAUGACGUAACGAUGACGUAACGAUGACGUUCCAGAAACCCCACAGAAGCCGUCAACCUUCCAUCAACAUUCAAGAGUGGGACGGAAAUAAAACGUCACACUGCGAAAGUGCGCAUGCGUCGGCCGCCAUUUCGCUCCAACCGAAAGGCUUGAAAAACAGAGUUAGCAAGACGACGAGAUCGUGAGCGCGUUUGUCUUCUUUGUCCUCUUUUCGCGUCAUAUCCCGGGUACGCGACUUACAUUGCUAUUUAAAAAUAAAGACAAAACUGGUUUCGGCGUCUCUUUGAGGCUUCCUUGUCGGCUAGCUGCUAACAACGAGAAGCGGAAGUUAACAAUCCGCACCGCGCAUGCGUCUGACGCCAUUUUGUACUACUUUUUGUCACUCCACGUCAGCUCCGCAGCCGAACGUGUCGUCGAGCGGAGUUCAAGUGUGGGGAUAAAGUAUUUGUGAUUCAGUGAAAAUGUGUCAGGUCCAAAUGCUGAGAGCGUUGGUGAAUCAGCGACUAACUGCGGCUGUUGAAGAAAUAUUUGUAGUGUUGGAAAGAACCAUAGCAGAGUACGAGGAGGAACUUUCUCGAACAAAAGAGGAGAACGAGCGACAACGUCAACUACUGGACGCCGUUUUCAGGAAGCAUCAGGUUGGCCUGUGCAGAGAAGGUUGGUUCUCAACAUGAUCCUGAAAAGAGCUUAGCGUCGCUAACGUUAUUUGUCUUUUCGGGGACUCCUUAUACGUUCCCUUUAUUGCCAUGUGUUUUGUGUUCCACUAUUUAAUUGCCGAAACUACAGAAUGUGUGUUUUGUAUGCAUUAACAUUUAGGGUAGCUGUGCGUGAGUCAUAAACGUUUUGCUCAAAACUCUUUAAAUCUCGUGUACUCGUCUGGGGUACCUCGCUGGCUUACGGGUACCUGACAAAGACUCGGGUUUCGCUGACUCAGUUUCGCGACGAAGCCUCCGGUUUCACCGGGUGACUCAUCGAUAAAGACUCGGGUUUCGCUGACUCACCGGUGCGCGACGAAGCCUCCGGUUUCAUUAGGUGACUCAUCAAAAAAGACUCGUGUUUCGCUGACUCACGGGUACUCGUGAGUGGUCAAGAUGACGGAUCAUGAAAAAUGAACGAUUAGUCAACGGGUUUUUCUUAGUAGUUAGUUAUCCUGCAUUGACCUUUUACACAUGUUUAUUUUGCACAUAAUCUGAUACACAUUUUGCAGUAUUGUUUAGGUUAUUUUGUUCAUUUAAAAAAUGUUGAAAGAACAUAAUAAAAUUAUUAAAAGCGGUUGCAUGAAAUAAAGUUAUGUUUUGGCAACAAAAUAAAAUCAUGUUCAUGUUUCAUGA